UAGGAAAAGAGAAAGAGAUAGAAAGUGAAACGGAUAGGUAACAAAUCUAAGUAAUUCUGACAAAAAAAAGAUAUUACUUUAUUAUUUGAAAUAACAAUUGAAAUUCGUUGAAGUGUCAGGAUUUAAAACAUUUUCAAGAAGAUUUUUUUGGAGUUAUUUGAACGAUAUAGAAAAGAAAGAAGAAACGAACGACGAUUUCAUUCAUGAUUCUUCGCAAAACGAUCGGGAGUGUUCUCUCACAUCGACGAAAAACAUUUCGUCGACAUUUUGGAAAAAUAUCACGAUUGUUCCACCUUCAAACAACAUCAUUGUGCGUGUGCUCGUGUUGAUCUUCGAUAACUUGGUAUUUCAUAUCAUCUUUUCUUCGAGCUGCUCACUUCUGAAUCAAAGGGAGAGGCUCUUUUGAUAUCAUAAGUACAGCCGAAUUUAGCGAAGUCAGGAUCGUCCGUCAUUAUGGCACCAAACUUGUUCGGAACUUCAGCAUCUUUAUUCUUGGAAGCGUCCCAGCAGAAUCUUAUUCAGGAAAAGUCAACAACAGAAAAAACAAGCACGCCGAAAUUGGAAACACAGAAAUCGCUAAGAUCGAAGUCAAAGUAUAAAUGGAAAAUUGUAUGGAGAAACGUGAUAGCUUUUCUUUAUCUUCACAUCAGUGCUCUUUACGGAUUAUAUAUGUGCUUUACCGUUGCAAAAUUGAUCACGGUCAUAUACACGUUUUUGAUAGGUUUCGUAGCGGGCUUCGGUGUAACAGCCGGUGCUCAUAGAUUAUGGGCUCAUAAAUCCUAUAAAGCGAAAUGGCCUAUGAGAGUAAUUCUAAUGAUUUGUCAAACGAUAGCCUUCCAAAAUCACAUUUACGAAUGGGUGAGAGAUCAUAGAGUUCAUCAUAAAUUCACUGACACUGAUGCCGAUCCGCAUAAUUCUCAGAGAGGCUUUUUCUUUUCGCACAUUGGCUGGCUGAUGCUAAAAAAGCAUCCUGACGUUAUUAAAAAAGGUGCUACGAUCGAUAUGAGCGACAUUGAGAAAGAUCCAGUAGUUGUUUGGCAACGAAGACUUUAUAUCAUUCUUAUGCCACUCUUCUGUUUCAUCAUUCCCACGUGGAUACCAUGGCAUUUCUGGGGAGAGAAAUUGAUGUAUGCUUGGUACCUCACUCUUUUCAGAUAUACCUUAUCCUUGAAUCUUACGUGGCUUGUAAAUUCUGCUGCUCAUAUAUGGGGUACGAAACCAUAUGACAGUUCUAUUUCACCAACCGAUAGUUAUUCAGUCGGUAUAGCUGCAUUCGGUGAAGGUUGGCAUAAUUAUCAUCAUGUCUUUCCGUGGGAUUACAAAGCCGCAGAGUUGGGCAACUAUAAAAUGAACUUUACGACGGCCAUCAUCGACGGUUUCGCGAAACUUGGUUGGGCCUAUGAUCUCAAGACUGUCCCUAUUGAAAUGAUACAGAAACGAGCAACUCGAACGGGAGAUGGCUCAAAAUACGAAAUUACCGAAGGUCAGCACGAACAUACGCACAGUAACACUGUUUGGGGUUGGGAUGAUCGUGAUAUGAUUUCUGAGGACAUUCAAUGCGCAAGGAUAUUACAAAAAUCUGAUUAAAAUCAGUCAUUAUUGUUUGGAAAUGUCGCCGAAGAAUAAUUACCAAAAAAAAAAAAAAAGAAAACGGCAUGAAAAUAGAAAAAAAAAAGAAAAAAAAACUUGUAAAAGAGUGGUCGAUUCAAACAUUUAUUAUUGUUAUAUUGUUUACGUACUAGUAUAAUUACUUUUUUGUUUCGUUUUUGAUCACUUAUUUUCGCGUACCAUAUAUAUUACAUAUAUAUAUUAUCAUAGCUUUAGUGUAGAAUUUUUUAAUAUAUCGAAGAAAGGGUAAAAGAUAAUGUAAUAGUGAGUUAAAAUCAUCAAUUAAAAAUCUGGAAUAGCAAUGGUGAUAGUAGAACUAUUUUUAAUUUACGUACAUUUACUUUCUAAUUUGCACAAAUCGCAUAUUACUAGAUUGUAAUUCUCCCAUGAUUCCGUAGAUAAUAUUUUUGAUAGGAAUUUAGUUGGAUGACUUUUUUACCUGGAAGAAUUAACCAAAUGUUUAUUCGAGUAGGAAAAAGAAAAACAAUUUUCUUUAAAUCGAUCUAACUUUCCGAAAGAAAAUUGCUUUGUUCUUCGAAGUUUUAUUGUAAAUAUUUAUAAAAUAUGUUAUUUCAAUUUCCAUAUUGUCUUCCGAACACAUUAUCUUUGGAGAAUUUGAAUUGAAUUUAAUUCUCUUUUUGGAUACAAAAAUUUAUUCGAAUAACACAAAAAAUACUCCUCGUAUUAUACAGGACUACUGUACAUACGUCGGACUCAUUGAUGAUCGUUCUUCUCGAAGGAAAUUUUAGCAAUUCAUUGAUAAUCUGAUAUCAAUCUUUUGCCUUAAAGCAUAUAUUUAUAUGUAUACAAAUACUGUUGAUUAACUUAAAUUUUGGUAUUUAAUUAAAAAUAAUAUGCAUGGGAUUGUUACAUAUUCAUGGAAUAUAAAAUUUUUACCAGAUAGCAAUCUGCUUUGUAAGUAUAGUAACAGGGUACCGUUAUGCGACAUGAAUACAUUAUUUAUAAUAUGCUACUUGUUGCGCUAUAGAAUUAUACUAAAGUUAUUGAAGUUUAUAGAAAAAACAGCGUAAUUAUGAUAAGUCGAAGCAGCUGUUAUAAACAGGAUGUGUUUAUUUUAUUUCUUUUAUAUAUUUACUAAAAUGGAGCGUGUUAUAUGUAACAAAUGUCUUCUAAUAAUGAUUGAUAUAUACUUUCAAAUAAAUUAUUUUAUUCGCA